UCGCUCGUUGGAAUGCAUUCAAAAAUAACCGUCCAGCCAAACAACAACACCAAGCGUACGCCGUGUACCUGCCCCUGUGUGCUGUGUAGAUAAUUAUUUGUACCGUUCUUGGAAGUGAAUUUUACCGUGCAUCCGUAGUAUGUCUCAGCCGAGUGAGAAACAGACCCAAACCUCGCCAACGUACGGAACGCCCACACUGAACGACUGGAAGCUAUAUUUACGAAACUUGCAACAACUUCCCACCCAGCAAACGAUGGCAGCGCGGGAUUCAUCUUCCUCCGAAUCUUCCUUCGAGCUGGAGGAAAGCUUCAAAGCGCUGCUGCAGCGCAAACGACAGGAAAUGCAGGAAAAGGCGUGCGAAGAACAUUUCCUUGCCGCCGAGGGUGGCUCUCGCGACGCAGCCCGAUCGGCUCCGGUGCCGCAGUCCGGCAACGAUUCAACGUUUCUCGAGCGGGACUCGAUAAGCAACAUAUCCGACACUAGUUUCGAGGAGAUGGAGAAGAUAUGUGCCGUGCUGGACAAGGUGAACGGGUUCGACACGAGCGUGGGAGCGAAGGAGGAGAGGCACAAACCGGCAACCGCCACCAUGCCAGGGUCGGUAACGCUGCUGGGCGAUGUAACGCAGCUGGAGGAAAUCGACGAACCGUCCGGACUGUGGGAAAACACAAUACUGCCCGGUGGUGGAGGCGGUGGUGCGGUUGAACUUUCACCCGUCAAGCGCAUGCAUCUGCUUAGACCGUCCACAAUUCUGGAGGAAACAACAACAUCAUCGGCGGAAGCGUCCAAAAACUCGUCCCUCGAUACGUUCAUCUCGGCCAAACAGGUGGUGGAGGAUUCGGACAAUAGAAACUCGGCGAUCAGUGGCAGCGAGGUGUACCGCACGGCACAGGAUACGUUCGGGACGGAUUCUUACGCCCGUAGCAGCAUACUGGAUAUGGAUUCGGGUGUAACGAGCGACAUCACGGCGGUCGAUAAUCGUACCCGGCACGAACGCGAGGAGGAAGAAUCCGGGUACAGUAAGGACUCUACCAGAGAGGCAGGAGAGUCGCUGGUGGACGACAUGGAGCAGCAUCAGCAGCAGCAGCAGCAGCACGUUAUCAUUUUGGACAGCAGCACGAGCGAUUGUGAGGAAGAGCGGGUAGAUGGACAUGGACAUGGACCGGCAGGGUACGAAACGCUGGGUAAUGCAGACCCCUUAGAGUCGCUGGUCAGCGAGCGAGAUGAAAGCCUUCUGGAACGGGAAGGAUCACCGUCGUACUACGAUGAGCAUGGCGCGACGACCGAAAACUACCCGGACGAAAUGUCCGUGAUGGAUGAAAUGCCUGACCGCUUUAACGACACACUCGAGGAGACGGACUUUAUGCUGAAGCAGGGCAUGAAGCUGAUGGCACUGAAGAAGCAACAGCAAGAGGAGGAAGAACGUCGCAGGGAGGAGUCGCAACAUUCGUACCUGUACCGCGAGCAGCUGGAAAGCAGCAGCCAGGUGGUAAAGUCUCGCACCAACUCCGACUCGGAGGACGGUGCCCGUCCAAUGCUGCACACACCGAAGGAUAAGUAUAAGGGGGCUACAACACCGUCAGGAACAUCGCACAUGUCGUAUCUCACACCUACCGGAAGCAUGGGUGCCAAAAUGGCCCACGGUUCACACAGCGGCGCAAAGCAGACACUGUUUUCUAGCGUGGGAAAAACGGCCGCUCCAAAACAUCCAACCCCCAGCGGGGCGGUCACUUCGUCGGGAUCGUUCAAAAAACCCGUCAGCCGUUUGCCACAGCUGCGGGUACCGGCGGGCCGCAAGUUUGAUCACAUCGUGUCGCCCAUCGGCGCUUACAUCAAGCAAACGCCCCAGAGCAUGCUGCAGACCAAGAUAAACCGCCACAACAACAUGAACCUAAUCGAUGUGCUGCACAGCGAAAAUCGGGACAGUGCCAUUAGCACUGGCAGUAGCAGCAGCAACAGCAAGGAAAAUCAUGGCGUCAAUCUGAAAGGAUACACGUCUACGCUGCCGGGCAAGGGUGUGAUCAGCUCGAACCGGGCCCAUGUGCUGGAUGAGCGAAACGUGGUACGCAUCCCGGGCGGCGAAAAGAUGCAGAAGCUUAUCAACAACUCACCCACGAUGGUCAUUCGCCACGAGGGGCGCAUUAAGUACGCCGAACGUGCGGCCGAUGGUCAGCAGCGCACACUGGCGCACAACAUUAGCGCCCUCACCGACGACAGCUUGGUCGAUCUGUCCGUCCUGUCGAAUGAUGUGUCCGUCCGCGUGCUGAAAGACGCCAAACGCUACCACUGAUAAUGCACAGAGAAGUGGAAAUUGGAACUACUUUUUUAUAUGUAAUAAUACGAUUUAUAAUGAGGAAAGAUGUUAUAAAUGAAAUAUAAUAUUAGA